CAAAGUAAACUCAUCAAAUCAAAGUUGUGUUUCAUCAUUCUUCUAUCUUCCAAAGUAAUUAAUAUAUAUCUAUGAUGGCUUCAUCAGAUGAUUCAACCAUUCCAAGUCACACAAAAGCAUGGUUCUAUUCAGAGCAUGGGAAUCCAGGUGAUGUUCUAAAGAUACAUCCAAAUUGGCCAAUACCAGAACUCAAAGAGGACCAAGUGCUCAUCAAAGUUGUGGCUGCAUCCCUUAAUCCAGUUGAUAAUAAAAGAAUCACUGACUUCUACAAAGACAUUUACACCCCUGAUCCUCAUCUCCCUAUUGUUCCAGGGCUUGAUGUUGCCGGUAUAGUGGUGAAAUUGGGUGAUCAAGUCAAGAAAUUUAAAGUUGGUGACGAAGUUUACGGCGACAUUAACGAGGAUGGCAUACAAAACCUUAAGAUUCUUGGAACAUUGUCAGAGUAUACUAUUGCUGAAGAGAGGCUUUUGGCUCACAAGCCUCCUAAUCUCAGCUUUGUUGAAGCUGCUAGCUUCCCUGCGGCGGUUGAGACUGCUUAUGAAGGACUUGAGAGAGCUGACUUCUCUGCUGGCAAAUCUAUUCUUGUUCUCGGAGGUGCUGGCGGUGUUGGUACCCAAGUUAUUCAGCUUGCGAAGCAUGUGUGUGGCGCAUCAAGGAUAGCAGCAACAUCAAGCACUGGAAAACUCGAAUUCUUAAGAAAACUGGGAGUUGACUUUCCUAUUGACUACACAAAGGAGAACUUUGAGGAGCUGUCAGAAAAGUUUGAUCUAGUCUACGAUACAGUAGGGCAAACUGAAAGAGCCUUGAAAGGUGUAAAAGAAGGUGGGAAAGUAGUGACAAUAGUACCUCCUGGAGUUCCACCAGCUAUCUUUUUCGUUCUCACUUCCAAAGGAUCUAUCUUAGACAAAUUAAGGCCUUUCUUUGAGAGCGGCAAGGUCAAGCCAGUUCUGGAUCCUCUUACUCCAGUGCCAUUUUCUCAAGUCAUUGAUGCUCUUUCUUACAUUCAAACUGCAAAAGCCACAGGAAAGGUGGUCGUUUAUCCCAUCCCAUGAAUAUUAUUAUUACCACUUAAUAUAUAUUAAAAAUAUUAUUUAUAUAUUAAAAUUAAUUAUCAAAAUCAGUCAUUAAUUAAUAUAUUUAUAUAUAAAUAUAUAUUUUAUUUAAUUUAUUUUCAAUAUAUAUUUAUAUUUUAAUAUAUAUUUUAUAUUACUAGUUGAUUUUGAUAUAUACGAAAUAGCUAGAAUGAAUGUAAUUAGGGUCAACAUCCUAAUACGUUGGAUUAAUAUUAAUAUAUAUGAGGAUGUGUGUGGUAGUAAAUAAUUGAGGCUUGUAUUAUUAUUGUGUCAUAAGACGACCUUGUCAUUUUCUAUGUUAUCUGUUUCUAUGUAUGCCGAUAAUUAUUAUAAAUAUUAUCUUCUGCUGAAUGAUAAUGAUUGGUGAUAACCAAUAUUCAUGUGUA